AUGACAAAUAUUAAUUAUGAAUAUAUUGAUGAACAAUCAAUUGAUGCAAAUUAUAAAUGUUCAAUAUGUAUGAAACCAUUUCAAUAUCCAGUAACAACACCAUGUGAUCAUACUUUUUGUCAAGAAUGUAUUCAACAUUGGUUAAAUGAAAAUCAUUUAUCAUGUCCAAUAUGUCGACAAAAUUUAUUAGAAAAUCAAUUAAUACCAAUAACUACUCGUUUAAUAUUAAAUAUACUUGAUAAACUUGUUGUUAAAUGUUUACAAUGUGGACAAAAUGAUGUUCAACGUGGAAAUUUCAAUGAUCAUAUGAAAAAAUUUUGUUCAAAAAGUAUUUUGUCAUGUACAGCAUCAGAUACUAAUUGUCCUUGGUCAGGUAAACGUGAGGAACUUGAAAAACAUCUAUCAAUAUGCAAUUAUACACAAUUACGAUCUGUACUUAGUCAAUUUAUGAAUACAAAUCAAUUAUUCGAAAAACAAAUUCAAACUCUUACAAAUCAUGUACAAACUUUACAAAUUGCUGCUUCUAAUCCAAUAAGUCGUCUGAUAACAUUUGAUAAACUUAUUGAAAUUGAAAAUAAAAUUGAUUCUGGUAUAAUACCUGAAUUAUAUCAAAAUUUAAAAUGGAUUAAUGUUUGGUAUAUGCAUGAAAAAUGGGUUGAGCUAAAUCAUGUUCUAAGUGGAUGGAAAAAUGCUUACACAAAUAAUCAUACAUGUAUUGCUUUUAAUGGAAAAGGAUCUUCUAUGAAAAUAUGUUCACAACACAAAGGUUUAUAUUCAUUUUCAUUAAUUUCAUUUGAAGCAACUGCAGCUUGGCAUGAUAAUCUCCGAGUAAAUGUUAUUGGAAAACGAAUUAAACAAGUUAUAUAUUCAACAAUAAUUACGUUGCAAUUUACUCAUUCACAAGUAUUUCAAUUUGAUUGGAAAAAUCUUGAUGAAAUUAAAUUUAUUCCACUUGAUGGAGUACAACAUACAGGAAUUGAGUAUGAUGAAAAAUAUUUUGCUUUAACUUGGAUUAUUUUAGGUUAA